UUCGCCUUCGAGCGGCUUUCGUGGUUAGUUUCGUUGGAUCGAUCACGAACCUCGAAUGUGCAGCUAGCUAGCCUAGCCUAGCCUAGCCUAGCCUGCUAGCCCGUGGCGCCACCAUAACUCUGAGGGCCAUCUGUCACACGCCACUUUUGAUUUAAAUAACAGCCAGCAUUUUGAGGUUACGCGUUAUUACACAGCGUUCGCUCAUGUUCGUUUUGUUGACGCAACAAAGCUAGUCGCAUCAGGACCACCUCGGUGGUAUAACUGAACCACUGUAGCCUCGUUAAUGAGUACCAUGAAGCAAACAACAACAAAAGAGCAAUGACAAAAACAAAGUGACGACACGUGUCAAUGUGUUGUUUCAAAAUGACGACACGUGUCAAUGUGUUGUUUUUACGUGACACUUGAUUUGGAAUAAACCCGACCCCCGUCAUUUCAACGCCCCUUGAUUGUUGGAGCACUUCAGGGCCUCUUUCUAUGUAUGUGUCGUCACUUGGCACGUCGUAUUUACAUGCUACACAUACAUCAAUCACUUCAUCAUCUGUGUUGUAGAUGGAUUGGAACGGCUCAAAACAAAAAAAACACACACACACCAGUAAUUGUCGUGAAAUAGCUCUAAACUUCUAGGGUGAGGUUUAGUGGAUCUGCCCCUGGGGGCUCCACGACCACAUUUUUAUUCUGGGCUACAUAAACAAAGCUCACUGCACAGCACAGUGACCAAAUAUGGCCAAGAAAUGACAAAUGCCCUCUCUUUGCAUUCAUAAAAGUAGUGCUGCACAAACUAUGUCACCCCACCCAUUCUACCAUCAAGGUUCAACAUUUGGGAGGCGCACAACUCAUCGUUGACCUGAGCAGGCUCAUCAUCAGACCUCCGUCAGAGGAUAAGGAGCAUUACAAGCUUUGAAAGCAUUGACGUAACUUGGCCUAGACCGGUCGGUGUGAGCGUGCUCUUAUGCGCUCAACUGGUCAACAUUACGUUAGCAGACAUCCCUGUCAACUAAAUCAUCUUUUCUCCAAGCAAGCUUGUGAAAAUAAGGCGUUUUUCUGUUUUAUUUGUGCUUCGGAGGAGGCAAAUCUUUUUACAAGUAUGAUAUCUUAUAUUUUAUGCCUCAAGUCAUAGAAUUAGGAGAAUCGAGUUAGUGAGGAUAAGCGGUACGGCAGAUGAAUGAAAAAAACAUAUUUCAUAAUUUAAGAGUGAAAAUAAAUUGUAAUAUAUAAUGAUGUAAAACAAGAAUAAUCUGAUUAUGAAAAUAAAGUUGUACUAUUAUGAGAAAAAAAGUUGUACCGUGUUAAAAAAAUGUACUGGUAAUAUUACAAAAAUUAAGUCAGAAUGUUGUGAUAAAAAUGCUGCAUUAUACUUACAAAAAUGUAGUCGUAAUAUGCCUUAAAAUAUGACUGAUACAAGAAAAAAAACACUAAUAUUAUGGGACCUAAGUCACAAUGUACAACAAAAAAGAAUAGAAAAAUGUAGUCCAAAUGUUGCGGGGGAAAAAAAUCCUUAAAUAAUAAGGAAAAAGGCGCAAUGUUGCGAGAAAAAGACAUAUUAGAAAAAUUGAGUAUGAAAUUAUGAGAAAAUUGUAAUAUUAUGACAAUCCAGCCAUAAUGUCAAAGGCAUAAAAUUAGAAUUUUACAAGAAAAAAGUCCCAACAAUGAAGUGGGAGUGUUGCGCAAAACAGUUGUAAUGUUGUGAGAGGAUUAAGACAUAAUAUUACGAGAAUAAAGUCACAAUAUCAGAAAAAUUCAGUUGUAAUGUCUCAAGAAUUAAUUUACAAUACACUAUUAUGAGAAAAAAAAAGUUGGAAUAUUAAGAGAAUUCAGUUGCAAUAUUACAAGAAUUCAGUCAUAGUGUCACGAAUAAUGUUUUGAUAAUAUUUACUGUCUAGCUUGUUUCGGUACAAUAAUUAGAUUACAUGGUUGCAAUAAAAGGUUGUACUAUUACGAGAAUGAAGUCGGAAUGUUGAGAGAAUAAAUGUGCUUAUUUUCUCAACGUCGACCUGCUGACAAAUACUUCGGAAGUUGUCAUUACGAUUUAUUAGCAGUUUGACGAGCGACGGCAUCAGUCAACGUUUGUUUCCCAAGCAUGGCCCAAUGACAGCUAGCUCCUCGGCACUUAAAGCUUUCUCAGCUGACACGGUUGGCCCCGGUCGCAGAUUUAUCUGGAGCGCAGCCGCUCUGACGAGGAAACCUGGUUACCCACAGAGCUGAAUACACACAAGAUUAGCUUGUGUUUUACAGCGCGCGUACGUAGCUUGAGCACAUUACAUUAACACGUUGACAUCAUUUGUCAUCCGGUUACAGGAUGAGGACACUUUCUGUGCAACUUGAUCAGAUCAUCAGUUAAUAUGUUAUGCUUUGAGGACGGUGUACUUCUCAGACUAGUUACACAUGUCCUGCUUAUAAUUCUUAAAAUGAAACAAAAAAUACACAUACAAAUGCAUUGUUUACCAUAGCCGAAGGAGUGAAACCGCUAGGUUAGCCUCUGGUGUUCGCUUCGAGCUAACUAGCCAGCUGCUAACAAAGCAUUUCUUUAAUGUCAGUAGGAAAUUUUGAGGUACCACAGUACAGGGCGUCUUCAUUUUUUCGACCGUCUCGACGAUUGAGGUUUCAGUGUUCAGAAUGGCGCACGAUUAACCAGCUUGCGCAGCAGUGUAAGAGUUUGUGGUCAUGUGGCACAAGAAGGCACAUUUGGCUACCAUUUACUUGUUUUAGAUGUAUUUCCUUGGAGUGUUUCUCGUACAAAUAUUGACUGUAAUUAUGACUUGUGUUAGUGUCGGUUAGAGACUGUGUGUUCAGACUUGUGUACAAAUUUGGGUUACGUCGCCACCUUAGGAACUGAAGUGAGUCCCCCUUGUAUUGGAUAACAUGUGUGUACCUAUUAUUAUGACUGGUGAUUUCCCCCCAUGGUUACAGUUCAACAAUUUUUACUGCCAUGAGAAUGAGUUAUUGUUUUUUUGCUAACAGUCAAUAUUAGACAAAAGUACUCUUUGAUCUAUGGAGCAAUGAAUACAAUUUCCAUUUAUUUGUAGGUUUUGUCUGUUUUCUUACUUUUUUUCCUUUCAAGCCUUUGCCCGUAUGCCCAGCUGGUCUCCUGCAUAAUGUCAACUUUAUUUUCAUUUUUGUCGUCAUUACAUACCGUAUGUUUGUUGUGGUUUUGGUCUACAUAAACUCUUGUCUUCUCUUUCUCUCUUCUGUGUCAUUCCAUCCGUGUGGUGGUGGGUGAUUGUUCCUGUGAAAAAUAAAACACCCUCGGUGAUCAAUAGAGACGUUUGGUAUGCACAAAAAAAGGAGAUGAGCCUGCAAAUUUUGCACGCGGGUCUCAUUGUGCGACACUUGCUCGAUGUGCUUGCUGUUAUUGUGUGCUUUGAUAAUAAGUGUGUCUUUUUGUUGUUGUCGCACACAUUCUCUCAAUCUGGAUAUCUGCUGUGCUUGCCAUACUUUGUUAAAGAGUUUCUAGCCAAAGCCAAAGAAGAUUUCUUGCGGAAAUGGGAAUGCCCACCACAGAGCACGACGUGCCUCGAUGACUUUGACAGACUAAAGACUCUGGGGACUGGCUCGUUUGGGAGGGUCAUGCUUGUGAAACUCAAAGGAACAGAGCAGUACUUUGCCAUGAAAAUACUGGACAAGCAGAAGGUCGUGAAACUUAAACAAAUAGAACACACGUUAAACGAGAAGAGGAUAUUACAAGCCGUCAGCUUCCCCUUUCUUGUCAAACUUGAGUAUGCCUUUAAGGACAACUCCAAUUUGUACAUGGUGAUGGAGUAUGUUCCCGGAGGCGAGAUGUUCUCGCACUUAAGACGGAUCGGGAGGUUCAGCGAGCCGCACGCGCGCUUCUACGCCGCCCAGAUCGUGCUGACAUUUGAGUACCUCCAUUCGCUAGAUCUCAUCUACAGAGAUUUGAAACCCGAGAACCUUCUCAUCGACCACCACGGCUACAUUCAGGUGACGGACUUCGGAUUUGCCAAGCGCGUAAAAGGCAGAACUUGGACAUUGUGCGGCACACCGGAGUACCUGGCCCCAGAAAUCAUUCUCAGCAAAGGUUACAACAAAGCUGUGGACUGGUGGGCCCUGGGAGUCCUCAUCUAUGAGAUGGCGGCCGGCUACCCUCCGUUCUUCGCUGACCAGCCCAUUCAGAUCUACGAGAAGAUCGUCUCUGGCAAGGUGCGCUUCCCCUCCCACUUCAGCUCGGACUUGAAGGAUCUGCUGAGGAACCUGCUGCAGGUGGACCUGACCAAGCGCUUCGGCAACCUCAAAAAUGGCGUCAACGACAUCAAGGGCCACAAGUGGUUUGCCACUACGGACUGGAUCGCAAUCUACGAGAGGAAGGUGGAGGCCCCAUUCAUACCAAAGUGCAGAGGCCCCGGGGACACCAGCAACUUCGACGACUACGACGAGGAGGAGAUCCGCGUUUCCGUCACGGAAAAAUGCGUGAAGGAGUUUGCCGAGUUUUAGGGACGUGACGUGAUGCGUGACGACAGGAUAUGUCAGGGAAAUAAAGGGAUCUUUGCACUCUUCUGAGGACUUUAAGGAAAUUAAGCAAAGGCCAGGUUUCCUCCCUCCGUCCUAUCCUUGCCACUUGUACAACACACACAGCUCAAUGGGGUUGCCAUGAUCCUUUGGUGCCGAUUACCUCUCACUGUCACCUACACCUGCGUAUUAAAGCAGACUCACCACCUUUUCUUUUUUUAACCGAUCCACUUUUUAUUUUGUACUUUUUAAAGGAGGUAGUUGUCAUCACCCCCUUUUUUCAAUGGACAAAAAGUAAGACGAGAGGGGAUGGACUCGUGUUCCGUUCUUGGCCCGGCUUUGAGAAGUAGCAAUCUUCAUUUGCCCCGUUUUGUACGACGCCGAGUGUUUCAGAGGGCAACUAAACUGAGUCUGCUCGCUUUCUUUGGUUUUUGCCUUAGAAAGAGCAAAAGCAUCCUCCUCGGUAUUCCCGACUCCAGACGCUGAGAAUAAGCAACCUUGUUACAUUAUUACCCGUGUCAUUUGUUACUCUGGUUUUUGUCUCAGUGUCUACUAUAUUAGUCAUAUUUUUGUUUUGGUUUUUUCCCUAGAUUUCAGGUCUCCCUUUGUUUCAAUACAAUGUGACUGAUGUACAUUUAAAAAGUGAAAGGAAAUCCUUUUGGGAUUUCUUAAAUUUAGUCUAAAAGGUGAGAUGGUCAAUGUGAAUAGUGUUGGAGCUUUGCACUUCAACGUGGUUAGUGAAACCUUUAAGGAAAAGAAGUACAGACUAUUAUCAGUUAUUGAUUUUGACAUUUUAAUAAACAGAACAUGAAACUGCAGCUCUCUCUGUUACCGGCCGAGAAGUUUUUGUUUCAUUUUAUUUUUGAGGAAUGUGGAUUGCAAACUUAUUAGGUGUGCAAAUUUGACCGCUUUGAUUUCAAGGUACUGUUUUUUCUUCACCGUACAUUGACUACAUGAACUGCUCCUUUGUAUCACAUGUAACCCUGUUCUUGUUCAGCUCAUUCAUUACAUUAUACGUAUAUGCAUUGUUUCAUAUGUUUUAUUUAUACACAUUAGAGAUGCUAUUAAAUUUAUUUUUAAAAGUG